AUGAACCGGAUUGCAUCAAUGCCUAGGCCUUAUCUCUUCCCUGGCUUCAGGUUCCAUCCCACAGACGAAGAGCUCAUUGUCUGUUACAUGAAGAAGAAAGUUGCUUCACCCUCCAAUGCUCCUCUCUCUAUCAUUGCCAACAUCGAUCUCCAUAAGUUCAAUCCAUGGGAACUCCCGGACAGCAGGAUCAGAUACUGGAAAUCCACCGGCACCGAUAAAUCCAUCCUCAAUUCCGGUGGACUGCAGCGUAUAGGGAUUAAGAAGGCUCUGAUCUUCUACGAAGGGAAGCCUCCGAAGGGCAUGAAGACGGAGUGGGUCAUGCAAUCCCAGGCUUCGGGGAUCUAUGAGGGGCCUUGGGAUGAAGAGGCGAUUCCUCCCACCAGAGACGCCAGCUUCAAGCUCAAGAGAACGAUAUUUUUGGUGGAGAAUUUCCGUUGUCACCAAGCAAGAGGCUCCAGACUACACCUCCUAGCGACUACGUGGAGGACUCCAGCAUUUUUCAAAUCUGUUACCUUGCAAACUCUGCUUGAAGUCUUGGCCGGCCUAACUCCAUGGCGAGCUCAAAUGGGUUUGGAGCCACCCACUCUCUCCGUAUCGGAAAUGGGAAUCGAGUUCUUGGAAUGCACAAGCCUGCUGCUGCUGCGGGUGGUGGAGAUUUAA